GAAAAACAAAGUUUUAACAUACACAAGGGCAGGGGACAGGGUCAUUGAAACUUGUGACUAAAAAUAAAGCAGUUUCUUUCGUUGACCAGUCGUACGAUCGGUGCAAAUGUGAUGGUCAGAUAGCCAAGGUGUCGUUGCCCAAACACGCUGGUGUGCGCAUAUUUAAUUAAUUAUGCUGGAACGGUUGGAGCUUAUCAAAAAUGCCACCCUCUACGUGGAAGGAAUUAUUGUGCAAUAUAUCGAUUUGGACUUUUAUUUGUGGCUCUGGUGGCUGCUCACGCCCUUAGUCAUUACAUUCCUCCUGCCAAUGACCAUAGGUGUUCUCUUCUACAUGACAUCAUUGAUUUUGUACAUUUACAAACUUCACAGGCAAAGACUUCGAGCCGCCUACGAACGAGACUUUUGGGAUGGAGCAAGAUACACGGUGGCUGCAAUUUGGGACGCCCAUGGCUGGUUGUGGCAUGGAUAUGAAAUCGAAGGACUGGAAAACUUGCCAGAGGACAGUCCUGCCUUGAUAGUGUAUUACCACGGUGCAAUUCCAAUAGACAUUUACUAUUUCGUCGCCAAGACUUUAAUUCUCAAGAACAGACUUAUCCACACAGUUGCCGAUAAUUUCCUCUUCAGUCUUCCUGGUUGGCCUAUAAUUGCCGAAGCACUGAAGGUGAUCCCGGGCACGGUGCAGACGUGCUCCGCCAUACUUAGAGAUAACAACAUGUUAGCCAUUGCGCCUGGAGGAGUCUACGAAGCUCAGUUUGGUGACUCUUUUUAUCAUGUCAUGUGGAGGAAGCGGCUUGGCUUUGCAAAAGUAGCACAUGAAGCAAAAGUGCCAAUCAUUCCAAUUUUCACACAAAACCUGCGUGAGGCAUUCCGCAGCGUCAGCUGGGGCAAGAAAUACUGGCUGAAGCUGUACCUGUGGUGCAAACUGCCCAUUGUCCCCGUUUAUGGUGGCUUUCCUGUAAAAUUGAAGACAUUUGUCGGCAAGCCCAUCCCUUACGACCAAUCUCUAUCGCCUGAGGAAAUCAGAGAUAAGGUGGCCUCGUCAAUUGAGGAUCUCGUCAAAAGACACCAGCAAGUGCCAGGAAGCAUUUUACGAGCCUUGAUUCAAAGGUUUUGGAAUUUCGAAUGCGCGGAAAAGAGCAAGUGAUCGUAUUUAUUUUCUCAAAAGUUGCCCCUUUAAACUAGAUUUUAAAGUAUUAUAUGUUAUUUUUCUAAUAACCUUUUUUUUGUUAACGACUUAAGUUUUCCGGUCCCAUUUUUUACCCAUUCCCUUUGAAAACUUCUCAUUCCAUUACUAAUUUUUUACCCCUAACUUGUGAUAAUUAAUGAUUAUUUGAUCAACUAUAUCAAAAAGUCUCAAUGUUAACCAGUCGUUGUAGUUGCUGAUAGUGGAUAUUUUAAAAUAAAAGUAUAUUAAACGUUUUAUUAUUGAAAAACGGAUUA